UGUGGGCUCUAAUCUUAUUAAAGUCCUGAGUCAGGACACAUAAGGGUAGUUAAUUGUGGCUACGCCCCCCCCUACACGCUUUCCUCAGCUGAGAGUGCAUAAAAAGGCUCAAGUGCACGAGAGGAAGAGGAAGCAGCAGAGGAAAGUCAGAACACAGCAACAACACGUUUUUUGGGGGAGGAUACUGGAGAAGGACGGAGCUGAAGGAAAAUCUAACCUUGAGUAGGUGGACUUAUCAGCGCUUUCUUGAACCUUGCUCCCACGCGCAUGUAGAGAAGCCACUUCGAUCACAGGCAAAGCAAACUCUCAGGCUGGUCUUCAACUCCUGAAAGGGAGCGGAAAUGCUAAGAACCGGAAUACUAUUUUAGAUAGCAGAGAGAAGAACAGUGUGAGUCAUCUUCAUCAAGCUCCAUUUGUAGUUCCUGGUACUGGUGAGGGGCUGCUGAUAAUGAACUUUGGAAAACACUAACAGCAUCCCUCAAGUGACCUUGGGGUUUUCUCCGCAGAUGGCAGGAGACCAUCUCAGAUAGCUGCAGAUCCUAACUACCUUAAAAACCCAGUGCCUGUGACAAAAACUGACAGAAUGUCCUUCAGUCCGCUUCCAACAGAGGACACCUCCAAUGGUUGUUCGCCCUCGAUAAAGACCAAAGGAGACCAGGAGUCUAUGAAGCUAAAGAAGGAGAUCUCCCUGCUCAACGGGGUUUGCUUGAUCGUGGGCAACAUGAUCGGCUCGGGCAUCUUCGUGUCACCCAAGGGCGUCCUAAUCCACAGCGCCUCCUACGGCCUGUCUCUAGUGGUGUGGACCGUCGGCGGCAUUUUCUCAGUCUUCGGGGCCCUGUGCUAUGCGGAGCUGGGGACUACCAUCACAAAAUCGGGGGCCUCCUACGCAUACAUCCUGGAGGCUUUCGGGGGUUUCCUGGCCUUCAUCCGCUUGUGGACAUCACUGCUUAUCAUCGAGCCCACCAGCCAGGCUGUCAUCGCCAUUACCUUCUCCAACUACAUGGUGCAACCCAUCUUCCCCACCUGCAUAGCACCCUACGUGGCCAACCGGCUGCUGGCGGCCGCUUGCAUAUGUUUGUUGACCUUCGUGAACUGCGCCUAUGUGAAAUGGGGAACCAGGGUACAGGACUUCUUUACCUACGCCAAAGUCAUCGCCCUUAUUGCAGUCAUCAUCACAGGCCUGGUCAAGAUCUUCCAAGGUCACACACAGAACUUUGAGGGCCUCUUUGAAGGGUCUUCCCAGGAUCCAGGAGACAUCGCUCUGGCUCUCUACUCUGCUUUGUUCUCAUACUCCGGAUGGGACACGCUCAACUUUGUUACCGAGGAGAUCAAGAACCCGGAAAGGAAUCUGCCACUGGCUAUCGCCAUUUCCAUGCCAAUUGUGACAGUCAUCUACAUCUUAACCAACGUGGCCUACUACACCAUCCUACCCAUGAACGCAAUCUUGGACAGCGAUGCCGUCGCAGUGACCUUCGCAGACCAGGUGUUCGGAGUGAUGAACUGGACCAUUCCCUUGGCGGUGGCUCUAUCAUGCUUCGGAGGACUUAACGCUUCCAUUCUGGCAUCUUCCAGGCUGUUUUUCGUGGGCUCCAGAGAGGGUCACCUGCCUGACAACCUGUGCAUGAUUCAUGUGCAUCGCUACACGCCAAUCCCGGCGCUGCUCUUCAACGGAGUCAUGGCUCUGAUCUACUUGUGCGUGGAGGACGUCUUCAAGCUCAUCAACUACUACAGUUUCAGCUAUUGGUUCUUUGUCGGCCUUUCCAUUCUAGGACAGCUUUACCUGCGCUGGAAGCAGCCUGACAGAAAGAGGCCAUUGAAGCUCAGCUUGGUCUAUCCGAUCAUUUUUUGCCUCCUCACCAUAUUCCUGGUAGUCGUGCCAUUGUACAGCGACACGGUCAACUCCUUGAUUGGCAUCGGCAUUGCCUUGUCCGGCGUGCCGGUUUACUUCCUGUGCUGCUACACUCCCGCCCACAAAAGGCCAUUGUGGUUACGAAGUAUCAUCGCAAAGUCUGGGGUGCUCAUCCAAAAGGUCUGCUUCUCGGUUUUAACAGAAGUGGACGUCGAUCACAAUGACUGAAUGCGCACACGACAGACACGCAGAUACGGCACCUGCUGAAAGUUUUUUUAAAGAGAAAUUUCAUGUGUGGCAUCACAUGACCUGAGAGAUCUAUUUUUAAAUAGACUGUUUCUAUAAGACGAUACCAUUCGUAUGUCACUCCAUUGUUGUUCAUUGUCACUCAAACAUUGAAUGCGUUGAGCUAUUUAUAAUAAAACCAUGAGGAAAAAGGAUUGGUGUCAAGUGCUUUUGCAUUUUCAUAUAAAUUCAUACACAAUGACAACAUUUUUACAAUAAAU